AUUUAGUUAAUACUUUUAUCUCUUUAGAAUACAAGGUCAUAGAAAUGGACCAUUUCAAAUGGUCACCUUGUGUAAACAAUUCCCACGGGAAUACUUUCGUACUCCUAUUCUUUUGCAAGUGAGUUCACAAAUUUCAAAAUCUACCAGCAACAAUUUGAUUUCUACAAUUAAAGCAGACAUUUUUACUAUAAUAUUUAUCCUUGAUGAUAAUUGAAUAUUAAACCCAAAAAGAAGAAGAAGAAGAAAAUUUUAUUCAGUAUAAUGUAUAGACGGCUCAAAUGGUUUUCACAAAUUUGCUUUAGGAACACAAAAUCUUAUUUUUGGAUUCGGUAUGUGAGUUCAAGUGUAAACUCGUUGUUCAAUUGGAACUCAAGAAUUACUAGUUCUUUCAAGAAAGGUGAUGUUGAGGGGGCACACAAACUGUUCGAUGAAAUGCCCCAAAAGAAUGUAGUAACUUGGAACUGUAUGAUAUCUGGGUAUGUAAGAAAUGGAAUGAUCCAUGAUGCUCAACUAGUGUUCGACACAAUGCCGAGCAGAAAUGUCGUUUCUUGGACAGCCUUGUUAAGUGGGUAUGCGAAGAAUGGGAAUUUACAAGUGGCACGGCGUAUGUUUGAUGGAAUGGACGAUAAGAAUGUAGUUUGCUGGAAUUCAAUGAUCUCGGGGUACGUGAGCAAUGGGAGAAUAGAGGAAGGUAGAGCGUUGUUUGAUGCAAUGUCGAUUAAGAAUGAUGUAUCGUGUGCGAUUAUGAUUGAAGGCUACUUCAAGUAUGGGGAUGUGAGUGAAGCUGAGAGGUUGUUUAGUGAAGCACCAGUGAAAAGUGUGGCACUUUGUAAUGUUAUGUUAGCAGGUUAUGCUGAAAUGGGGCGGACUGAGGAUUCGUGUAAGUUAUUUAUGAGAAUGGCUAUGCGUGAUGUGGCAUCUUGGACUAGUAUGAUCACGUGUUUCUUAAGAGCCAGGGAGGUGGAGAAAGCUAGAAGGUUAUUUGAGGACAUGCCUGACAAGGAUGUCGUGGCUUGGACUGCCAUGAUUAAAGGCUAUUGUGAAAAUAACAACGUGGAGGAGGCAGGAAAACUUUUUGCUGCAAUGCCUCAAAAGGAUAUUAUUGCAUGGAAUUCGAUGCUAAGUGGUUAUCUGCAAAAUGGAAGACUGCAAGAUGCUCUACAUCUGUUUCAUAUGAUGCCAUGGCGGAACACAGUAUCAUGGAAUUCGAUGUUGUGGGGUUUCAUACAACAAGAUGAUAUAACUAGUGCUCGAGAGUUGUUUGAGCAGAUGCCUAGAAAAGAUGAAACCUCGUGGAACAGUAUCAUUUCCGGAUAUCAAAAUGAGGAAGCUUUGGUUUUAUAUGUCCAGAUGUUGCAAAACAAUUACAAGCCAGAUCAGAUCACAUUUUCCAAUGUGGUCUCGUUAUGUGGAGUUCUUGCUUUGUAUGGUUGGGGAAGAGCUUUGCAUGCCAGUGUAACUAAGAGUGGCUUUGAAAAUGACACCAUGAUUAUGAGUGCAUUUAUAUCCAUGUACUCUAGGUGUGGAUUUAUAAAUGAAGCUUCCUCACUUUUCAGAAAUAUGAAAAAACCAGACACAAUAGCAUGGAAUGCCAUGAUUGUAGCACAAGCAUGUCAUGGUUCGGUUAAGGAAGCCCUCGAUAUUUUCCCUUGUAUGAUUCAAGCUGGAUAUGAACCAGACCAUGUAACUUUUCUUGGUGUCCUAACUGCUUGUGCUCAUUCUGGAUUAGUGGACGAGGGUUGGAGCUACUUUAUAUCAAUGGAGAAAAGGUGGAGUAUAAUUCCAAAGGCUGAGCACUAUAACUGCAUGGUUGAUCUCCUUGGGAGAUCAGGGAUGCUAGCUGAAGCCUUUGAACUUGUCAAACAAAUUCCUCUUGAUCUCCCUGCUCAUGCUCGGGAGACAUUACUUAGUUGUUGUAGAGUCCACGAAAAUUUUGAUCUAAGUGAUCUUGUAGAGCAGAACCUUCUAAGCCUUCAGCCUUCUAAUAUUGGAAUGUGUGUACUUCUAUCAAAUAUGUAUUCUGCAAGAGGAAUGUGGAAAGAUGCAGCUUGUGUGAGAGCACUACUUAAAAAGUAUGAUUUGAAGAAAGAAUUGGCAUGUAGCUGGAUUGAGAUAAAUGGUUGUAUUUCUCAGUUUGUCUCAAAUGACAGAUGCAAUCCUAGAGCAUUGGACAUAUACAAAGCCUUAGGAAGUCUUUCUGCACUGAUUGAAGAUAGUGGCACAUUAGUUUAUCGGGGAUGUUAUUCAAAAUUCGGUUCUUCAGAAGAAAGUUAUGUUCCCUAACAUGUUUUCCCUUUAUUCCAGUCUAUAAAAGUUUCAUAUUAGAAUUUUUGGUUCCCUCAUGGUGAAUCCCUCUGGGAUUGGAAACUUACUCACUAAAAUGCCCUUCAAAAAGAUAUUGUGAAGUCUCAUCUAGAGAUGUUGUUUGAUAUCUCUCACAGGUGCUAGCCCAGUAUGUGCUUCUAUAAAGACCUGAAACCUAAUGCUUGACGAAAGUAUUCCCGCGAUAGCUAGAUUUGGGUGCAAUUAUUGGUGAUAGCUCCUUGUCUUGGAAGGAAAACAGGUUAACCAAAAAAAAAGAAAAGAAAAAAGAGAGAUCUUGAUUGCAUGAUCUCCAUUAGAGGAGGAGGAGGAGGUGGAGGA